AUGAUCAACAAUCUUGAACUGGCAUCCUCUAGCACUGACCAUUGGAAAUACGAGGAUGACGUAACAAUAUCGGAGUCCUUAAUGAAAAAUGAAGUUUCAGUCCUACAAUCUGAUCUUAACACAAUUGAAAGAUGGACUGUUAAUAACAACAUGAAAUUGAACGGAAAGAAAUGCAAAGAAAUGAUAGUGAGUUUCGUCCGUAGCGAGAAUGACAUCCUCCGACUCCUCAUUGAUGGUUUACCUCUAGACUUAGUUCCUUCUUUCAAAAUUUUGGGCUUAACCAUGAACAAUAAAUUGAAAUGGCAAGAUAACACUGAAGCGUUAGUUAAAAAAGCCUCAAAACGCUUAUACAUUAUUCGUGUCCUACAGCGCUGUGGUCUUCCCCCCAAUGACCUUUUACUAGUCUACUUUUCUAUGGUGCGCUCUAUCUUAGAAUAUGCCUGUCCUGUCUGGCACACCAUGUUACCAAAGUGUUUGGCGGAUAAAAUUGAAAAAGUUCAAAAAAGAGCUUUCCGUAUUAUUUAUCCGACAACAGAUUACGAAGAUGCUCUCAACAUCGCUAAAUGCAAGCGCCUUGUCGACAGACGUCAAGAGCUAUGUGCUAAAACAUUCAAAAAGAUCUUAAAACCCGAUGCUCACCUCAACCACCUCUUACCCCCACUCCGUGAAGAAUCGCAUGAACUGGACUUAAGAAACAAUUCUAACUUCACAUUAACUAAAUGCAGAACGGAACGUUUUAAAACUAGUUUUAUACCAGCAAUGACUGCUAAUUUUAAUAGUAAAUAAUUUGUAGUAUUUUAACAACUGUAUACAUAUACGAUUUAUUUAUAUUUAUAUUAUUUGAUAUUCAUCUUUUAUUAUGUUUCUGUAAGCAUAUUGCAAUUCACCUUCGGGUGCCAAAAUGUGUUUCUUAAUAAACCUUUAAUAAUAAUAAUAAUAAUAAUAAUAAUAAUAAUUGAAGUCCUGUUCAAUUCCAGUUCCUGUUCAAAUAUCUUCACAAAGGACUGACACGACUAACUUCAUAUAUCUCCUUUUUGCCUCACCAUCAUUGCCUUAAGGUAGCUCGAUACUGUUUUAUAAAAUGGGAAAUUUGCGAUUUAGAUCUGUAGUUUUGGACAAGUAUUAGUUGUUAAAAAAGCAAAAGGCAUCCUACUUAUGUAAAACAACAUCUGCAGAGUUUGCUCGGUUUUGUCAGGUUUGGUCAAUUUCUGGCUAGCAUUUGGUAAAUAUUGCCAACCCAAAUCGCCUAGUUUCCAGUCUUCUCAUGUGGAAAAGCGCUGAAUAUUAAAAAUAAGAAUAAAAAUAAAAGGUCUAGGCUGAUUAUUAUCAUGAUUAUAGACCUUGAGCGAGGGGGAUUCGACGAGGCCCGCGAAAUAUUACCCGAAGUGAUGAUAAGCCCGAGGGAAAUAUCAUCACUGAGGACAAUAUUCCGCCGAAUCCCCCGAGCGGAGGGUCAUGUAUUGAUAUUUAUUAUAUAAAGUAUAGUGCUUUAUAGAGAUUUCGAGCGCUGAUAAAAGUGAUAAUCUCACAUGUGAGAUUAUUCAUGAUAAUCUCACAUGUGAAAAUUAUCGCUUUUCAAUUAUCGCUUUUCUGUAAAAAUUAUCGCUUUUCAAAGACUGUCCUUUAUAUAAUAAACAGAAAAAUACAUGGGUGCUUGGAAAUACCAUAUUUAUUUCUCGUAUUGAACAUGAUAUCUCACGAGUGAGCGCAGCGAACGAGUGAGAUAUCAUGUUCAACACUCGAAAUAAAUCUGGUAUUUCCGCGCACCCAUGUAUUAUUCUCUUACUAUAUUAUACCGAAAAUUAAAAGCCUCCAAGUUGAGAAAAUAAAACUUGCCGUGCAUAUCUUCGUGAAUACGAAGACACGAUGUUUGAGUAUUUGUCACUUUUCUUUCAAAUCUCAUAUCGUUUGGAAUAUUGAUAACAUUUUUCAAGAUUUGCUUCAAAAUCCGGGUGACAUGAUCAAAUAUGAUUCAAGUCACCCGCUUACGUCUGCGGUGACUGUGACUUACGUAAGGCGCGAUUCGAUGAUAAAUUUCAUGCUCACGUGGCACAAACACAGCUUUCUGAUUGGACAUUUUGUAUUUGAGGUAUAACAAUUCAUAACAUUUCGUUUUGCUCAACAGAAAUUUUUUUAAAUUAAUGUCUAUAACAGCACUAUUUAUUUUAGCAUGUAUUAUGACCCAGUCACAUGUCCAUGUGGUCACACAUUCUGUCAGUGGUGCCUUAACAGAUGUCUGGAUCAUAAACCUGUUUGUCCUGUUUGCAGAUAUUCAAUUAAAGAGGUAAAAUAAGUAUAUAAGGGUAUUUCCAUGCUAAUGGCAUGACAUUCAUAAAAAAGUUUUCAGAAACGUUAAAACAACUACAAUCAUGGAAAUAAUAUCCGUAGACCUUUUUCAAACGUAUAUCUUGCCUUAUAUUUUCUAAAACCAUUUUAUUUUGUCCAUGAUCGCUAGAAAUAGUAACUCCCUCCCCCAGUACAUUAUAGUGUUGGUUCAAACCAUGAUUUUUGGACCACAUCACCGCAAGCCAACAUUGUAUGUCUUGUAUAAGGGGGAGAGGAGAAAUUUGUGAAAUUUUUCAGUAGUCUACGAAUUAAUUUCCAUGACUCAGGGGCAUGCAUUAAAUACUGCUGUUGUGAAUGGCUUCGGUAUUCUGUUCAAUGAAUUGUUAUUAUCCUAGUUGUCAAUAUAUUUACCCCAACACAUAAAAAACCCAAUAUAUUUCUCCCAAAUCUUUAUUCAAUUAUUUUUACAUGCAGAAUAUGAUGUGAACUGAAAUCUUCCUAAGAGUAGACACUCCAACAAAAAAUUGUAAUCUUUCAUCAAUCAUUGUAUUGCCAGGCGCCCAGAGAGGGGGUGCGGGAGGGCAUUGCCCUGCCCCUUCCUAAGGGGGUAAGGGGGCAACGGUGCCCGUUUUGAUUUUAGGGAAAUAUAUGAGUUGUUUUAAAGUAAAAAAUCAUUAUAUGUUCGCCGCAUGAGCAGAAAAAUGUACAUAACGUUUCUCGUAGGGGUUGAUUUGACUACGCCGAUCGCUAAUUUUGGUGGUUUCGAAAAAGUUUUACUAGGACGUUUCCGAAAAAUAUUGUCGACAGAGGGGAAGCGAAAUCGAAAUUUAUGAUUAUGAACCCGUUGAAAAGUGCCCUCACGUCGUUUCGGCGUCUCUGUCGUUGUUUGAGGCCAUAUAACGUGUAGGAUGAUUCAUAACGUUUUUAAUUUUGCAAAAAAACGAGAUGAAGGCUGUUGUUUAAUAUGUUCCUCCAAUACUGCUAACACUUUAGCUAGAAAUACCAACGCCAUCCGUAACAGUAUCCGUAUCUGUAUACAGUUUAAUUAAGAGGAAACUGCCACAUGUAACAUUACUUACAUAAUUUAAAAUUCACAUUAUUCUAUGCAUAUAAUAUGUCAAUCAUAAAUGACUCACAUAAUUUAAAAUUCACAUUAUUCUAUGCACAUAAUAUGUCAAUCAUAAAGUAUGUGAAUUCAAAAAAUAUAUACUAUGGUUACUACCAUAUAUAAUAGUGGCAAUUACAAUAAAAUUUGCGUUCUCAUGAUCAUAAUUGAAUAUCUUAGGACCUUAGGUGUCUACAGGGAGAAUCCAUUUGCCCAAUAUACGAUAGUAGACAUAGUAUUUUCACAAAUACAGGAAAGCGAUAUGAGUAUACCGACACUUCGGUACUUAAUUUGCUGCUCACACCGGAAUUGAACGCUAUUUCGAGUCAAAAUUUGCCUAUUAAUCACAUUUAAAAACCACGGGUAACAUGCACGUAAUAUGGGUCAGUCCUGUUAGGCAAAGCAAAGUUUACGUAACUUAAUAACACUGAAAUGUUUGUCAAUGUUUAGCAGUUUAGUUUGAUUUAAAAGAUGAUGAAAAUACCGAUAUACCGGAAAAUACACACCGGUAUAAUGACGGCGAUAUAGCGGUAUACUGAUUUUCUCUAAAUAAAUUAAAUAGCACAGGUGGUAUAUAGUGUGAAGUUAAUUGUUCGUUAUCGACCGUUUAACAGUAGGUGUAGACAAUAAGAUCGACUUCAUCUUCCACAUAUUUUGAGUGACUGAUUUCAUUCUAUCUGCCAAACGUUUGGAUACAGCAACUAUUCGCAAUACCCCCCCCCCCUCCCCAUACUCCCGCCAUGUUUCCCGUCGUAGUCCCCCAGGCGAAGAAAGACACACUCAAAAUCAAGACGAAGAAACUUUAAUUUAAUAUCUCCAUUUAAGAUAACCAUUUAACAUAAACAUUUUGAAAGUUUGUCCAUGUAAGAAAGUAGCAUUGUAUGUUAGUGACACUGCAGUCACUAUAUUAUCUAACUAAUUAAUAUUUCCUUUUAACUUUGUUUAGUAUAUUAACAACGAAAAACAGGUAUAUUAUUUUUAACUCACAUUAAAAACGAUAUCUAGAAGUUAAUUUAGGUUCAGCCUCUCUUCCAUCGGGGAAAAACUUAGUAAAUGUACAACUGAAUUAUUUUUACCAGGUGUUUUCCAAUUUUUUGUCAGGUCUAAAAAUCAAAUAGCGUAUUAUAGAAUUUAGUUAAUUUAUUAUUUCUUGGUUUGUUUCAAAGACAGCUGACCGUAUUGUGGUAGUUUUACCGUUUCUGUCUUGUGAAGGAAUACAUAAUUUUUAUUUGUUGUAAAAAUCAACCAAGAUGGCGUCCAUUACAAAGCUAGUGAGCUCCAUAUAUAUCUGGAGCGAGAACUCGAGUCCAAAAAGUGACGUCAUGCAAGAUGGCGGAAUUGACGUCGAAAAAAAACUAGAAUUAGCUGGGAAAAAUGACAUUAGAACUGUUUACGUUUUCUUAGCUAUUGGACGUCAAUUCCGCUAUCUUGGCUUCACUUCUCUCAUAGGCCGAAUGACUGAAGUUCUGAGUUCAGUGUGAAAACCACGCUCAAUUAACUAUGCUUAUUUUUCAGGGCAUGCUUCAUUUUGUCCAGAUCGAAACUUGCCGCAUAUUUGUAGUUUGUACUAACAGGAGGCACUUGAUAUGUUUUCUAGAAUGUGACAGGAAGCAUACAAGCUCUUUGUAAGAAAUAUUUUCGUCAGAAAUUUGAAGAACGAAAACACCAACAUGAAGAGAAAGUAGCAAAACUUGCAAGGUGAAAAUAUAAAACAAGUUUAAAGCCGCCGAAUCUCGUUAAAAGGUGCUCCAUGUAUAAUUCUCAAUUGUGUAUUUGAGAUACGACGGCAUACACUCACUGCAUGCAAGUUCUUCUGAGACUGAACGAGUCUGCAUAAAUUGCUCAAAAAUUGAUUACGUUCAUGAGAUUAUAAACGACCAACUAAGUAGCAUGCUAAUUAACAAGCACUGUUUUUGACGUGUGUUAAAUACGUAUAACUGAAACUUCCCAUUACAUGUCUCAGUGAUUCCCUUUUUGAUAAAUAUAAAUUGAAAAAUUCUCAGUUCUGCAGCUGAAAGUAGUGAAAUUUCAAUGUAAAUACAUAAUAGAGUGUAUUUAAUGUAUAUAGAAAUUUUAAACAUUGUUAUUAUAGGAUUUGUGCAAAAACUAGGGGGAAAAUGAAAAUAUCAACUUGUCUAUAUAACAUUGAAAGACUUUUUCUAUAAGCAUUAAUAAACUUUUAUAACAUUUAGUGUUGCAUCAGAUACGGACGAGGAUAUUCCGAUAUUUGUUUGUACGUUAGCCAUUCCCACAGUGCACUGCCGCCUUUAUAUUUUUGAACCACGAUAUCGCCUAAUGAUCCGAGAAUGUAUGGAGUCUGGAUCAAGGCAGUUUGGAAUGUGUUGUCCAAGUGACGAUAACAGGUAAUGUACCUAUGUAAGGGUGGUGUAAUCUUUACUUACAGUAAGUUGUUUGUUUGUUUGUUUGUUUGUUUGUUUGUUUGUUUGUUUGUUUGUUUGUUUGUUUGUUUGUUUGUUUGUUUGUAUGUUUGUUUGUUUGUUUGUUUAUUUGUGUUUGUUUGUUUGUUUGUUUGUUUGUUUGUUUGUUUGUUUGUUUGUUUGUUUGUUUGUUUGUUUGUUUGUUUGUUUAUUUGUUUGUUUGUUUGUUUGUUUGUUUGUUUGUUUGUUUGUUUGUUUGUUUGUUUGUUUGUUUGUUUGUAUAUUUUACAGUAUCUUAUUCUUUCUUAUGUUACUUGAUUUCAAACAUGUUUAGCCCGAGUGUCAGGCCAUAUUUCCCUUCCUUAAAGCGGGUGAAUGAAUCCUGUCCAAUAACAGCCGUCACUGUAAAUUUCGAAUGGGGUGUGAACAAUAAACUUCUAGGAUAUGCAUAAUAUACUAUAAGUACAGCGUACACCCAGGGUAGCCUCGCAGUAGCUCGGAAGAGUGAUUUUCAUUGGCUCGAUUUGACAACUGCUUUUGUGUAUACAACAAUGAAUUGCUUCGUUCUUUAGAAAACCCCCAUCCAAUUGGAGACGACCUUCCGAGGCACUGCGAGGCUUCCCUACACCUAGGCCUUCUAUUUUUAUUUUUUUAAUAUUCAGCGCUUUUUCACAUGAGAAGACUGGGAGGCGGAGGAAGGGCGGAAGAUACUUACCAAAUGCUAGCCCGAAAUUGACCAAACCUGCCAAAGAUGCUAGCCCGAAAUAGACCAAACCUGCCAAAGAUGCUAGCCCAAAAUUGACCAAACCUGCCAAAGCCAGCCGAGUGAAGGCCUAGGUCUAGGUUACUAUAGGUAUAAAUCAUCGAAAUAUUUACUAUCGUUAUCACGCAGUUUUUCCGAUUAUGGAGUUAUGUUGGAAAUUGAAGAUUUUACUACUUUACUGGCAGAUGGCUCGUCGCAAGUUAAGUCAGUGGGAGGAAGACGCUUUAAGGUAAUUGAAAUGUAUAAAGCCAACGGAAUUUUUUUAUUGUGCAUGAGAGGUAGCUAUGGUAGACAUUUAGUUCUAUGUGACAAGUUAUAUAAGAAGAAGCCUUCUUCCGAAAGGUAACUAUGUCUCUUUUUGCGCUUUUUUUCAAAUGCUUCAGUCCAUAAAAAACAACAACUUUAUUAUUUUGAGGUAAAACCCAUCUCAUGUUAAAUUUCCGUUUUUGUUUUCUUUAGGUAUUAUGCCGUGGCACGAAAGAUGGUUAUAACACAGCAAAAGUUGAAUGGCUCAAAGAUGAAUCAUUUUCUGAGGAAGAAACAGGUGAAUGAUGUCACAAGUUGAAUUCCCCAGCUUACACCAGCACAGUUUCUAUAACAAUACCACUGGGUGUUUUGUGUUCAAAUUUAUAUAAAUGUACAUCUUAUGCACCAUGGCUGCUCAUGGUGAAUGUUACAAGUCAUAAAGCGUAUAUCUUCUCCAAUAUUUCUCCUGAUGUUUAGAGACUAUCAGAAACCGUCAGCAGUCCAUCUACGCCGAUAUUGUGGACUGGUUCUCGUCAUUGUCCAUAUUUACAAAGGUAUAUCGAUUUUAGAUGUCCUCGAGUGGCAAAGUUGGCGCGAUUUUCCACCAACACAGUACGUAUACGUGGAAGACAGCAGUGUUUGGACUUAUAAGACAAAACAAUUGAAAACUCCAUAACAAAUUUAAUAAGCUGAAAACUAUCAAGAUUUUGGGUAGCUCGUCCGGUAUUGCAUAUAUAGACGGAAUUUUUGAACGAACAUAUACGACUUUACACCUAACUGGGAGCAGCUGCGAAGAAUGCAACUUUAGGUCCUUUGGCAAUUACUAAAGACUCAUCUAUACGUUCAUUAAGUUGAAAACAUAUACAAAAGUUCCUUGUAUGUUUGCAUGGCGAAAUAGGCAUAUGUUUGUUUUGUGGAAACACUAUUAAUAUAUGAAUUAGUGUUUCCACAAAACAAAACAAAUAGUUAUAAUUAAUCCUUCUUUCAAUUUUUAGAUUCAGUUGUUAAAUGAAGUGAAUAUACCAUUGCGUCCACCCGAAUGUGAUUGCGAAAAUAUUAAUAAUCGUAAUGGACCAAACUGGAUCUGGUGGUCACUACAUCUUCUUCCCAUGCAACCUUCAUUAAAGCUUCAAAUUAUUUCAAUGACUGAUAUAAGACAACGUUUGGAUAAAAUUGAACAUUUCUUUCGCGAAAACUUAAUGUAACUAAGUAUUAAAAUAAGAAUGUAACAAAAAAUUUUAAAGGUGGCUCUUCAAUCUCGUUCCACGAGCCUGCGAUCCUCGGGAAGGAACGUGAGGCUCUGGGAUAAUACGUUGCCGGAAGCCAGAAAUCCUGGCUAAGACCGAACUGUGCAUUCCAUAUCAACGGCCAAUCAGAUUCCUCCCUGAAACGGAUUAUCCCAGAGCCUCACGUUCCUUCCCGAGGAUCGCAGGCUCGGGGAAGGAGAUUGACGGCUCCUUAGAGUCCUAUAGUCCAGACGGUACCAGACGAUACUGUGUUGACACAGGGCUUUGUAAAUAUUAGAAGCACUUUCGAUCAGACGAGGCAUUUGUCAAUACUGCAUGUAUUUUGAACAUAUUAUAAUUGUGUGUUAAAAUGUGGAGAACAUUAAAACGUAACCGCUUAUAAUUUCAGGGAGUUAAUUUAACUAUACAGUAGAGUUAUUUUAAACUUUUAGGUUUAAAAUAUUUUGCUUAAUUAAGAACUACCAUUCAUGAUUCAUUGUAAAGUUAUUCCUGUCCUUGUUUAACAGAGAAAGUAUAUCGAUCAGAAUUAAUUAAAACAGGACAUUUACACUUAAAAUAUUAUAUCCUAUUUAUAUGUAAAAACCAUAGUUGAAACUUUUUUCCAUCUUUAACUUACCUGACAGAAAUUAAUUCACAUAACUUAUUUCAUUUACCAUUUCAUCUGCCAAACAUAUUCACUAAUUACCUUUUGUCAGGACCAGUUGAUGUCUUGGUCAAAUACUGGAGACAGUUACCGAAAUAAAGACAAUUACUAAGCUUGUUAUGUAAACCCCAGAUAGAACAUUCUUUACUAGUUAUCCAAGAAAGAGCGCACUUUAUGGCAGAGAGAAAACAAUGGAUAACUUCCUCAGGAACAUCGUGCGUAGUCCCCAAGUUUUCCAAACACGAAGGUUUGUCUUUUAUCUCUGCUGAAUCUUCCCAAUGUUUGUCUUUGCAGUUGAAGAAACAAGGUAAGAGAUGGGCAUACGUUGGUUUAACAGGAAGGGAGUCUAAAAUUAUUUCAAGGAAACAAAAUUCUUCAGCAUAACGUUGUCGACACCAUGCAAUGUUAAGCUCAUGAACUAGCUCUGCAGACGAAAUGAAGCUUGGAGACAGCAACGGAAUCACCAAACUUGAUGUUUCAAGAUAAGACAGGCGUGAUGAAUUUGUUUCUUCCAAAGAUUUCUUAAUAAUUAAUGAUUGAUUCUGAGAUAUUAAUAACUGACAAAACCAUUGACAAUAUUUCGCAUCUUCUUCGGAACAUAGAAGGUAAAUAUCAACAUGGUUUGGAAUCAGUUUUCGUGAUUGUGACGAUGGUGGACCUUCACUUUCUUGCAAUAACAUAAUCCCCUUAGUAAUAGUUGGUAUGAACUGAUUCUCAGAUGGAAUAUGCUUACGGACUUGUUCCAAGGUUGUUGUUAAUGUAGUAACCUCUUUCUCAACAACACUCGGCAAGUUUGAUUC